AUGAAGUUCCUCUCUUUCAAAAUAUACUCUUUUCUUGUGUUGUCAAGCACUUGUUAUGUACCUCUAAGGUGCAAUGUCCAGGCCGUUAUAAGGGUACCGCUUAAUAAGUAUAUUCCAGCAGUGAUAUUUUUCGGAGAUUCUAACGUUGAUACAGGUAAUAAUAAUGGCCUCAAAACCAUAGUUGAGGCUAAUUUUCUUCCUUAUGGUCAGGAUUUCAUGGGAGGAAAACCAACCGGAAGGUUUAAUAAUGGAAAAGCUCCACCAGACUUGCUUGUGGAAGAAUUGGGAAUAAAAGAGCUUUUAUCAGCAUAUCUUGAUCCAAAUUUACAAGUAGAAGACCUCAUCACAGGAGUUAACUUUGCUUCAGGUCGUGCAGGAUAUGAUCCUCUAACAUCUGAAAUCCUGAAAGUUGUAUCAUUGUCUGGUCAGUUGGAAAUGUUCAAAGAGUACAUAAUAAAGCUUAAAGAGAUAGUAGGAGAGGAUAGAAAGAAUGAGAUCUUGGCCAACAGCCUAUUCAUAUUGGUCAUAGGAAGCAAUGACAUUACCAACACAUACUUUAGUACGCCUCUUCGAAAAUUCUACUAUGAUUAUAACAUUGCAACUCAAUCUGAAUUCAUGCGAGUUGGAUGUGUGCCAUCAAAAAGAACAUUGAGAGGAGGAAAAGAAAGGGAAUGUGUUGAUUAUUUGAACCAAGCAACACAAUUAUUCAACUGCUAGCUGACAGCUGACUUGAGCUCUCUAGGAAAAAAGUUCCCUAAUUCAAGAAUGGUGUCUGUAGAUAUAAACAUUCCUACACUUGAUGUCAUCUACAAUCCUAAAAAAUAUGUUUGCCUUUUUUUAUUGAAAUAGUUAAGAAUGGACAAGAUUUUCCAUCUCUUAUAUUUGUAUGAUUGUGCAGGAUUCAAGAUUGCAAUCAAGGGAUGCUGUGGGACAGGGAAAAUAGAAGUUAUAGAGUUUUGCACAUUCGCAUAU